UAUGCCUACAUACAUAUUUGGUUUAGUUAGUUAGCUUUUUCUUUUUACAAUAACCUCAAACCCUAAUUAAUUAGAUUCCCCGUGAUGAGUUUAACCCGCUCAAUGCAUUACAUCAUAUUAUGCAUACACAUAUGUUGUGUUAGUCUUUCUUUUUAUAAUGUCCUCACACCCUCAUUGAUUAAACUCCGUGUGAUGACUUUAUCGUGACUUUAACAUGUCACAUCAAGCUGGGGGCACUAUUUGGGCUUCUGAUGCAAUCCUCUGGCGGAGGAAUCAAUCCUACGCGAGCAGGACGGCGGAGGUUCGCCUUGUUGCCUGGAUACGAACGCGGAGGGCGGCGCAUUCAGUGGCCCUUGCACGGAGUGAAACUGGCCUCCGGUGGCGGACAUUGCGGCUCGAGGUGGCAUGUGUCAUCGAGGGACGACCCCACUGCGGUCGGAGCCCGAAUGUCGCCGGUUUUCCUGACGUUGUUGAAGAAGCGCUUGGAUGUGAAGACAGCGCCAUUUCUGUCGGCGUCCAUGAUACGCGAUGCUACCGCAGCGGAUUCCAGAGCCUGAGCUCGGAACGGCAGCGGGAGAGAAAUAGCCGCUCCCCUUUCCCCCCGCGCCUCUCUACUUCAGCCCGCGGCAGGUUGUUGCCGGUGAAGUGAGACGUAGCCCAAAAAAUGGACCCCUCUGUCUGAGACGCAAACACAUCUUGUGUUCUCUCAGCAGCUGAGAACUAUCAGCAGCAUAAGCCAUGCCUGACGAGUAAAAUAACCUUUUCCUCAAAAAAAAAAAAAAAAAAAAAAAAAAGGAAAAAAAAAACCUACUACAUGUCUCCUCAUGUAGAGUUCCUUCAGUGCAUCCUGCUGGAGUGACUGCCCCCUCUUCCAGAUAGGUUCUGCCUCAUCCUCUCUCCGUACCCUUUUCCACCGACCACCCAUAAUUACCCAUCACAAUGCUGCUCCACUUGAGAAUGGCCAACACCUGAGGUCCCAUGCGUCCAGUGAGCACCGAUUCAGACGGUCCUGCUCCUCCUGAAAACUUCUCCUGCCCCUACCCCGUCGUGGGCCCCCUGCCUGCCUCAGAGAUGUCCCUUCUCCAGUCACUGGGUCCUGUGCAAAGCUGGCUUGGCCAGGAGCUUGAGAAGUGCGGGAUUGAUGCCAUGAUUUACACCCGCUAUGUCCUCAGCCUUCUCCUGCACGACAGUUACGACUACGACCUGCAGGACCAGGAAAACGACAUCUUCUUGGGCUGGGAGAAGGGAACUGGGAAGAAAUGGGGUAAGAGCAAGAAGAAGGGAGGGACUGACCUGAGUCUUGAGGAAAUGAAGAAACAAGCCGCUGUGCAAUGCCUCCGCUCCGCAUCUGAUGAAAACUCUGGAAUUGAGAGCCUGGUUGAAGAGCUUUGCUCUAAACUUAAGGACAUCCAAAACAAACAGAAAGAGGAAAAACAGAUUCAAAAGAAAUCUGAUGGCUCUCAGUCUCCAGAGCGAGCUGAGUCCCCCUCUUCAAAGGACCAGGUGGAAAUGUAUUAUGAAGCCUUUCCUCCUUUGUCAGAGAAACCUGUUUGUCUCCAAGAGAUCAUGACGGUGUGGAACAAGGCAAAGACCUGCGCAUACUCAAGUUCAUCAUCCUCUGCAGCCCCACAGACAAGCACGGAUACCUCCUCCCCAAAAGAUUGCAACAGUGAAGGCGAAGCUGCAAAGGAGAGAAAUCUCGAGGCGUGUAUUGUCACCAGUGAAAGAGGCCAGCAGCGACGAAGCAAGAAGGAGAAGGAAAACCGAUAUCAUGGUGGCGCAGCAGCAGAGGAGAAAUCUACCGUCCACUCUAAGAGACAGACCAGACACAGAUCUGAGGGCAAACACAGACCCAGAUCCUCGUCGUCAGGCUCUAGUGAGGCGGGCUCGAGCUCAAGUGGGAACCAGGGUGACACCAAGUCAUCUAGAAGCAAGGCAGUUAGAAUAAGGCACAAAUCCAGAGAGGCUGCAAAGAACAAGAGAACACGCAACAGUGGACAGGUGAAGCUGCAGGUGAAGGUAAUUGACAAAGACGAGCAAAGAAACACAGGGGGGAGCAGCAGCAGCGCUACCGGGGGUGCUGCCAAACAACCACAGCUUUACAAAAAGGGGAAGAGGCUGCUAAAGGAGAUUCGUAAAGAUCCAGGCUGGGUGGAAGCAAAAGAGUUCGGAGUUGAGGCCGGAAAUAAAAAGGAAUACAUGGAGGAGCCACUUUGGUAUACUGAGCCCAUCACAGAGUAUUUUGUACCUUUCAGCAGCAGACAGAGCAAGCUGGAAACAAAAUAUCGAAGCAAGAUAGACUCUCCGGACAGCUUUGCCAUGUCAACCGACAUGGAGAGGCUGCCCGAGAGAAUCCAGGGAAUCUGCAUUGCCAAUGAGAGCUACCAGAGAGCAUACCUUGCAGCAGGCUCGUUUGUGGAUGGGCACUUUGUGGAAGGGCCUGGUGAAGCAGAAGACGAAACUGCUGAACUCACUGGGACCUCAAGCUGCCCUCAGCCAGAGGAUGGAGAUUUAGAUGACAAGCAUCUGUCUGAAUUCACUCACUUCUAUGAAGUUGAUAUUUAUCAAUCCAUAUUGGAUACUAGUGCCUCAGACUCAAUACAAGAGAGUCGGAUCUUAAGCAUGAUUCGACAAAAAAGCAUAGAGCAAAGAGACGUUGAGGCAGAUUGUUGUUUAGUGUUAGAUGGCCUUGAGCAGCAAGGGAAAAGUGCAAUACGGACAGACUCACAGGAAGCUUCGGGAUCUGUUGGAUUCUUUAUGGAGGAUCUGGAAAACAUGGCUCAAGUGUGGGGAUGUUAUUCACCAUCUACUUCAGAAGAUAUCGAUGGAGAAAGCUUCGUUGGAGACUCUCCCAUUCGCCUCUCCCCCCUUCUCGAUAGUGUUUCGUUCACCUCGAGCAAACUAUCUGGAAAUCUGGAGGAGCCACCUGUUCCUGAAGCCGCCAGUGAACCAUCUGGUUUGAACUCAUCCUGCUUCUCUCUUUUCGAGCUGCAGUAUGACAGUCCCACUUUUCCUUUUCCCCGCGACUCACUCACCGUUGGUCACGAAAACAACACAGAUUCUAGUAGCUGUCUCGACCCACAUUCUAAUAAACAGUCUCGUUUGCUAAUAUGGACCAAAAAUAGUGCCUUUGACGAAACUGAACACUGUUCUAACCUUUCAACGCGAACUUGCAGUCCGUGGUCACAUUCAGAGGAGACUCGUUCAGACAACGAGCAAGGAAAUGCUGCGACAGAAGAUGCUGCUCAAAUUGGCAACAAAGAGAUUGAUUGUAUAAUCCCUCCUCUCUCCGGUGCUUAUCUAGAGGAAGAAAUCUUGGAUUUUUUGCAAGAGGAGACUCGCCACAAGUGUGAGGAGGUCAGCAUUGGCACAGCAUCCAAUCAGACCACCAAAAAAUCGAAAUUGGAGUCCGUUUGUGGAAUUGCAUUGGAAGAGGAUGAGAGUAAACAGUACAGCACUGGCAUGUUUUCAGACAACACAAACCAACAGAGUGAUGAUUACAGCUCAGGGAUAAUAAAGGACAUUUGGACUGCAAUUGGAGAUGGCAAAUCUAAAAUGUCAAGGCAAGGAGUAGAAAAUCCAAGUGAGGGUCUAUUCUCUGAUGAGUCAGGCAGUUACUGCUGCAGCUGUCUGGAUGUGCAGGCAAAAGGUGUUCCAAUUCAGGGGCCUCAGAAAAAAGCAGUGCAGCGGUCAGAGUAUCACCUUUGGGAAGGCAAGAAAGAAGAACAGAACUUAGCCAAAAACAAACUUUCAAAGGUAGAUGGUGCAGGGGAUUACAUGACUCCGUCCAAGCCCUGGGACUUGAGCUCUGACAAGGAGAGUACGUCAUUUAUCCUAGGAGGGGUGUAUGGAGAGCUGAAGACGCUAAGUGGUGAUAAAAAUUGGGCUGUCGUGCCACCAAGUGACACCCAAGAUAGCCUGCUCAAGUGCGCUGCCGCAGCUGCAUCUGCUUCUAGCUCGGACAUGCUCACCAUCACUGGCACAGAUGUGUUCAUGAACAGGAGCAGCUGCUUUGCCCCUGGGCACAGGCCCCUGUGGAGGCCUCUUGUGUCCUUUGGGCAGAGUGACCAGGCCAUUAAAGGAGGCGGAGAUGGAUUGAAUAAGGGAUUUUCUUUCAUCUUCCAUGAAGAUUUGCUCGGAUCGUACGGAGGCUUGCAUAGUGAGGAGCAAGGUUUAGAAUACCCGUUCGCAUCCUUCAACCUAAACAAUCCCUUCUCUCAAGUCCUCCAUGUUGAGUGUUCUUUUGAGCCUGAGGACAUGGCUUCUUUCAGUCCAGGAUUCAAGCCCAAAUCUAUUCUGUGCUCGGACUCGGAGAGUGAAGCCUUCCACCCACGAAUAUAUGGCAUCAACCGGACGCAGUACAGGGCCAUUCGCAUUUCCCCCAGGACCCAUUUCCGACCAAUUUCGGCCUCCGAGUUGUCUCCUGGUGGAGUGAGCGAUUCGGAGGCUGAAACUGACAAAGAGGAGAUGAGUUUUCCCGUCCUGGCGCCGGUGGACGUCUUUGAUGAUCCUCAGGCAGACCUCAAACCUCUGGAGGAGGAUGCAGAAUGUGAGGGCCCUUAUUACGGGAAGUCAGAACUGGAAUCUGGUAAAUUUUUACCCAGAUUAAAGAAGUCUGGCAUGGAGAAGAGUGCCCAGACUUCUCUGGAUUCACAGGAGGGCUCCAGUACCCUCCUGCCAAUCGCUGAGCAAGAAAUUUGCUUAGACUGCAAAACGGCAGCAGCUGUAUCGACAGCAGGUGGACAGACAGAUGUCUCAGUCGACAAGAUUCAAAAAGAGGAAUCUUCAGGAGAAAAACAGUCCUGCUUAUGUGCACCAGCAGGCCAGAUCCCCAAGUAUGGGAUUGCUUAUGACUUUGUUGGAGAUGUGCCAGAGUUCCCUCUGUUAAAUAUAAGUGGACAGGGAGGAACAGGCAACCAGCAAGAUGAGUGCUGGUGGCAGACCACACUGUGCUCCCCCCUUUUCCCUGGAUCUCAAUGCACAGGGAGCAGCAACAUUUGAAAACUCCAGUUUUGCAGAGGUUGUCUAGAGGGAACCCUCUUCUCCUUUUGUGACUGGACGUCUACCAGCAAAGAUUCAGGGUCAUCUCAGAGCUGGAAAAGCUAAUGUAGGCUAAUUUAUCUGAGACACCCCUUCAACCCCCCCCGCACAUAACCCCUGCUGGUUUUCAUUUACUAACUUAAAUCCAUGUGUAAUCAACAAUCAGAUCAACAAGAAGUGGGUGAAAAAUAGGAAAACUCAAAAAAUAUGUUCUGUCUUUGAGUGAUGCCAGUGAUGUGCGGACAUGCAUUUUAGAAUUUCAGUUGAUUCUUCUGUACACUGAUCCUCAUUCAAGUCUCUCAGUUAGUUAGUAGGGACAAUCUUUUUUUCUAUCCUUGUCAGUUUUGUUCCCACCAAUUUGCUUUUGAACCAGGUUGCUGGUAGUUGGUGGUGUCUGAAUGGUUGUGCAUGUGUGUUUGUCCAGCCAGUCUCACUCCUUUUUUCUAGUUAAACCUAACGUUGUGUGAAACAACUGCAGUCGCAUCCUCUACUUUCCAUCUUGUGUUCAGAAAGACAACAAAAGGAUGUUGAGGUUUUUGAGUUGUGUAAGAGUUUGAGAGUUAAACUGAGCUAGUUUGGUUGGAAGACUUUCUGAAUGUUAAGUAGAGAAUGUGUGCAGAUUUCUUCUAAAUAUCCGUAAAUUCCCCAUGUGUGAAAAGUUACUAUAAAUGAGUCUGAUUUUUGAAUGGUGAUAGUCUUUCAAAAGCUAGAAGUAGACUUAGUAUGGUUUGUGAGGCUAAAAUAAUAAAAACCCUUCAAAAAUAAUAA